UCCGCUCGGCACGGCUCGGCUCCGGCAGCUCCCGAGCCAUUCAAACAAGUGGCUCCGGCAGCACUUCGGGGCCGGGGCUGCGGAGCGGGCGCAGCGUGGCUCCCUGCCCCGGAGGCGCCGGGCCCUUCACACUGCCUCUUUUCUCUGACGCUCGCUCUUUAUUUGACGAUGAAAUAAUGUUGACAUGUCUUGAAUUAUUAAGUAUUCCCUGGAUUUUAUUAGCACAUGAUGCCUAAAUGCUGCCUGUAUCUGCUGGGGUCUUAACCAGAGAGGAGCGAAGGAGAGAGGCAGAGAGACAGAGCGAGGGAGAGGAGAGAGAGGGGUUUUUGACAGCUGUAUUUGUGCUGAUAAGCGAAGGCACAAGGAGACGAUCGACUAGUGAGACAAGAGGGAAGCGGCGGCUCGGAGCUGCUGAGAGGGGCUGCGCUUCCCUCCCGAGACGGCUCGGCCCUCCCGGUGCCGUGCUGGGGCUUGGGGGGGACCCGAACUCCCUCCCAGCACCUGGCCGAGUUCUCGGCCAGUGCCUGUGUUGGGGGGCAGCUCGCUGGCUGGGCACACCAGCUGUGCGGGGCAGAUGCCGAUUGAGAUCGUGUGUAAAAUCAAAUUUGCCGAGGAGGAUGAGAAGCAGAAGGAGAAAGAAGAAGGGGACAAGGAGAGCCUGAUCGAGGAGCCUGACCGGCCCCAUUCUCGGGACCUGGCCACCUUUGCCAGCACCAGCACACUGCACGGCUUGGGACACAUCUGCCAGUCAGGACGGCUGGGCGUGCGCCAGACCCUCUGGGCAUUUGCCUUUCUGGCAUCACUCGCCUUCUUCCUCUACCAGGCAGCCAAGUCAGCGCUGCUCUACCUGGAGCACCCCCAUGUCAUGGCCCUGGACGAGGAGGCCAUCCGUGAGAUGGUCUUCCCCGCCAUCACCAUCUGCAACAUCAACCGCUACCGCCACUCGGCACUCACCGACGCUGAUAUUUUCCACUUGGCCAACAUGACCGGGCUGCCCCCCAAGGACCGGGAUGGCCACAAGGCCACGGACCUGCUCUACCCUGACCCCGACAUGGCUGACAUUGUCAACCGCACUGGCCACCAGCUUGACGACAUGCUCAAGAGCUGCAACUUCAGCGGCGAGAACUGCUCAUCCCGUGAUUUCACUGUGUUCUGACAUGUUGGAGUCAAAUUCAUGUUGUCGGAGAGAGCAGAGCCCCCAGAAAUGUCGGAGGUCAACAACUGGAGGGGAAGAGAAGAGGAAGAGGUGGGAGCCUGGAUGGAGCAGAGCAGUCUACACACGCUAUGGUAAGUGCUACACCUUCAACGGGGACCGUAAGAAUCCGCGUGUGACCCGCCAAGGGGGCAUGGGCAACGGGCUGGAGAUCAUGCUGGACAUUCAGCAGGAAGAGUACCUGCCCAUCUGGAGAGAGACCAAUGAGACAUCAUUUGAAGCUGGCAUCCGAGUCCAGAUCCACAGCCAGGAUGAGCCACCCUAUAUCCAUCAGCUGGGCUUUGGUGUCUCACCCGGCUUCCAGACCUUCGUGUCCUGCCAGGAGCAGCGGCUCACCUACCUGCCACAGCCAUGGGGGAACUGCCGGGCCAGCAUGCAGGGGGAGCAGAUGCUGCCUGGCUAUGACACCUACAGCAUCGCUGCCUGCCGCCUCCAGUGUGAGAAGGAGGCCGUGGUGCAGACCUGCCACUGCCGCAUGGUCCACAUGCCAGGCAAUGAGUCCAUCUGCUCCCCUAAUGUGUACAUUGAGUGUGCUGACCACACACUGGAUGCAGCAGUGGAGGACAGCCAGGAGCGCUGCAGCUGCCCCACACCGUGCAACCUGACACGCUAUGGCAAGGAGAUCUCCAUGGUCCGCAUUCCCAACAAGGGCUCGGCACGCUACCUCGCCCGCAAGUACAACAAGAACGAGACCUACAUUCGGGAGAACUUCCUGGUGCUGGACAUCUUCUUUGAAGCGCUCAACUAUGAAGCCAUCGAGCAGAAGAAAGCCUAUGACCUUGCUGGGCUUCUCGGGGACAUCGGGGGGCAGAUGGGCCUGUUCAUCGGUGCCAGCAUUCUCACCAUCCUGGAGAUCCUGGACUACAUCUAUGAGGUGAUCCGAGACAGGGUGAGCCGAGUUCUGCGCCGCUCCAAGCCACCCCUGAAGAAGCCCUCGGGCAGUAUUGCCACACUGGGACUGGAGGAAACGAAGGACCAGAGCCCCUGUGAGACACUGGGCCGGCACAUGGAGGGCACCUACAACGCAGGCAUCCUGCCCAACCACCACCACCGCCACCACUACCCUCAUCAGGGUGUCUUCGAGGACUUCGCCUGCUAGGCAAGAUCGGAACUAGGGGGCAGCCCCCUGCCGCUCCCCUCCCCAUUGUUCUCAUGGAGAGGGACUGCGGCGCUGGGUGUGGUGGGUGCAGGCCCCCACCUCCCCCAACCCACUGCCAGGACCGGCCACACUAUGUGCCCCCAGUGAUGCCACUGGAGCUGCCUUGGCACUGGCACUGGCACUGGAGCAGGCCCUCAGCCCUUUUGCCUGUCCCUUCUGCUUGCCCCUAGCACGUGGGCUCAGCCCAGUCUCAAGCACACGGCAUGGAGGGGUAUGGGCAUGCCGGGGGGGUUUGGGGGAACAGCAGGUGUGGGCCAGAGGGGUCCUGACACUACAGAGCAUGAAGGGGGUAAGCUGAGGUUCCUGUGAGCCCCUCCAAGCCCUCCCCUGCUGACCCCUCCUGGGUGGUGGUCUCUGCCCUGCAUGGUUCCUCCCAGGAGACAGACAUGCCUGGAACAGCUUCUCCCCUGCCCAGGGACCACCUCCCUGCCUUCCUGCUGCAGGGCAGGGCAGUGUUGCAGGGCAGCUCUCUGAGCAGUACAGCCCCCACAGCCAGUCCAGGGACACCCCAACUGCAGCCACACCUGCAUGGCACCACCCUGACCCCUGGCACCACCACCACUGUGACACCCUUCCAAACAUCCACCUGCCCUUCCCCAACCUUCUGCAGCCUACCAGGUCUGCAGGCCCCACAUCACUGUUCCCAGCCAGACCCCUGCACUGUGAUUUCCUGUGUCACUCCAGUGUUGGUCCCCAGUAGUCCCCAGUCAUUUUGGCACCACAAACCUGCAGCCUCCCCCGUCUUCUACCCCAAUCCAUUGUGAACCCAUGCUCUCCCUGCCCAGGUAUUGCCCAAAGUGGCUCAUCCCUUGGUGCAGCUGCCCGGCACAGCCCAGGCAGCACGGCAGGUCCUGCCCUCGCUCCCCUGCCUGUCGUUGCUCUUUUGCACCGUGCACGUACCCCUUACCAUGCUCCCACCCCUGGGUGCUGAGCACCCGCUGUGCCUCCCCCAGACUGUACACAGUUAGGAGGGUGCUCCAUGCCGAGCGCUGCCCAAAUAGCCACAGUCCAGGCUGCUGGCCGGAUCCUUGGCCAGAACCGGCACCCACAGUCCUCCUGCCUGUCCUGAGAUGGUGGGAGCCAUGGCAGGAUCCAUGUCAGGACCCACAGCACUCCCCCUGUCCUGUCAGACACUGCCUCCACCUCCUCCACUGUAGCAGACACCAGCGCAGGGCAAACUGCCCCAAAAUAUCUCAGGAGGGGGGGCAAGCUGGUAAAGCCCCCCUCAACACACACACUUGGCAGAGGGGGACCCCAGGGCAGGAAUUUGGGAUCUCUGGGGAAGGCUGGGGUUGAGCCAGGCAGCUCCUGGCCCUGUUAGUUUGGUCCCCAUCCCUGGUGCCCACAGAUGGAACACGGCCACGCCACGCUGUGCCCAAAGCCAUAGAUACAGGAGGAGCCAUCAUCCUUGAAGCUCUCAAGGCCUGCACAUGGGAUAUGCAGGGCAGGAACCAGAGCACCAGCCUGGUGAUGUGCCCAGCAGUCCUGGCUCUGGGUAUGCGUGGCCCAAUGACCCUCCAAAAUAUGCACCUAUGUGUAAACAUGUUCCCUGUUGGUGCAAGCACCCAACUGCAUGGUAUACCAUGUCCCCCCACAUGGAGGGGACCACAGCAAGCCUCCCAGCAGGGCAGACACUCUGGUGCUCCCCAGGAAGUCCUUCCAGAACACCCCAUGCCAGCUCCCCAUGGGGUCCUCAUACACCAACCUGCUAGCAGGAGUGUCCCCAGAGGGGUGCCACACAUUAGCCCAGGGAGGUGCCAUGGCCAUGCCAACCAGCCUUACACCAAAGUCUCCUGCAGCAAGCAGGGGGCGCAGGAUGUGGGUCUCUCCCUGCCAGCUGGAGCAGCAAGCCCCGAGCGGGGUGGGCACGGGCACCAUGGUGGGAGGGCCUGCGCGAACGCCCUCAUGAUGGUGAACGUGAGAGAUGUGCAUCACUGUUUUAUAAAUGUACAAAUGCUCCCUAAUAA